CUUGGCAGUAGGGUGCCAGGCUGCGAGCGAGGGCCGGACGGACGGGAGAAGACGGCGUACGUGCCCUGCGUGAGUGCGUGGCGGCGGCGCGUGCGCGAAGAGUGGGUAGUGUGGCCGGGCCCACGUGUGUCCCUGCCCGAGACCCCCGCGGCUUGGCGCCCCUCGGCUCCAUGACCCGAAACACCCCACCAUCCGCGCCCCGCCCAGAGCAGCCGGUUCCGUUUGCCCUUCUUGCAGUCCCCGCAGGCCCCAAAGUCCCCGCAGCCUCGGCCGGCGGCCACGCAUCGCCAUGGUGAUUGUGGGCAACUACUGCGAGGCCGAGGGGCCCUUGGGGCCGGCCUGGGUGAAGGGAGGCCUGAGUCCCUGCUUCUUCUUCACGCUUAUGCCCUCGACACUGAUGGCCCUGGGGGCUCUGGCCUUGGUGCUCGCCCUUCCCUGCAAGCGCCGGGAGCGGCCAGCUGGCCCCCACGAGCCGUCCUGGAGCGCCGGCCCUCUUGUCGCUCCCUAUGUGCUGCAGCUGCUUUUGGCCACACUUCAGGUGGCACUGCCCUUAGCCAGCCUCGUUGGCCGGGUGGGCACUGCUGGGGCCGCCCCGCUGCCAGGCUACCUACUGCUGGCUUCCAUACUGGGGACUCUGGCCAGCGCCUGUGGCCUGGGGCUGCUCGUGGUGGAACAUAACCAGGCCUGGCAGAAGCUAGCAAUGGGCAUCUGGAUCGAGUUCAGGCACAGCUCGGGUCUCCUGCUCCUCUGGACUGUGGCAUUUACAGCUGAGAACUUGGCCCUUGUGUCUUGGAACAGCCCACAGUGGUGGUGGGCACGGGCAGACUUGGGCCAGCAGGUUCAGUUUAGCCUGUGGGUGCUGCGGUAUGUGGUCUCUGGAGGGCUUUUUAUCCUGGGACUCUGGGCCCCUGGACUUCGUCCCCAGUCCUAUGCCUUGAAGGUUAAUGAAGAGGAUCAAGACGUAGAGAGGAGUGAGGUUCAGUCACCAGAGGCACCACCAAGAUCUACAUGGCAAGACCUUGGCAGGAAGCUCCGCCUACUGAGUGGCUACCUGUGGCCUCGAGGGAGUCCAGUUCUGCAGCUUGUUGUGCUCAUCUGCCUGGGGCUCAUGGGGUUGGAACGGGGACUGAAUGUGUUGGUCCCCAUCUUCUAUAGGGACAUAGUGAACUUAAUGACUGAGAAGGCACCUUGGAGCUCCCUGGCCUGGACUGUUACCACCUAUGUCAUCCUCAAGUUCCUCCAGGGGGGUGGCACUGGCAGUACAGGCUUUGUGAGCAACCUGCGCACGUUCCUGUGGAUCCGGGUACAGCAGUUCACAUCGCGGCAGGUGGAGCUGCGCCUCUUCUCCCACCUGCAUGAGCUCUCCCUGCGCUGGCACCUGGGACGCCGUACCGGGGAGGUGCUACGGAUUGUGGACCGGGGCACAUCCAGUGUCACAGGGUUGCUCAGCUACCUGGUGUUCAACGUGCUCCCCACGCUGGCUGACAUCACCAUCGGCAUCAUCUACUUCAGCAUGUUCUUCAACGCCUGGUUUGGCCUCAUUGUGUUCCUCUGCAUGAGUCUUUACCUCAGUAGCGAACAUCCGCCUGUGGUCUCUGCUAUCGGGAGUGAUGUCUUGAUCUCUUCUUCGCCUUCCUCCCCCUCCUGUCACUCUACAGUUGUGACCAUUGUGGUCACUGAGUGGAGAACGAAGUUUCGACGUGCUAUGAACACACAGGAGAAUGCUACCCGGGCCCGAGCUGUGGACUCUUUGCUAAACUUUGAGACGGUGAAGUAUCACAACGCGGAAGGUUACGAAGUGGACCGCUAUCGAGAGGCCAUCCUCAAAUAUCAGCAUUUGGAGUGGAAGUCAACGGCUUCACUGGUUUUACUAAAUCAGACCCAGAACCUGGUGAUUGGACUUGGGCUCCUUGCUGGCUCCCUGCUUUGUGCGUACUUUGUCAGUGAGCAGAAGCUACAGGUCGGGGACUUCGUGCUCUUUGGCACCUACAUCAUCCAGCUGUACAUGCCUCUCAACUGGUUUGGCACCUACUACAGGAUGAUCCAGACAAACUUCAUCGACAUGGAGAACAUGUUCGACCUGCUGAAAGAGAAGCCGGAAGUGAAGGACCUCCCUGGAGCAGGGCCCCUGCACUUCCAGAGGGGCCAUAUUGAGUUUGAGAAUGUGCACUUCAGCUAUACCAGUGGGCGAGAAACGCUGCAGGAUGUGUCCUUCACCGUCAUGCCCGGACAGACCCUGGCCCUGGUGGGCCCAUCUGGAGCAGGGAAGAGCACAGUGUUGCGCUUGCUGUUUCGCUUCUAUGACAUCAGCUCUGGCUGCAUCCGAAUAGAUGGGCAGGACAUCUCACAGGUGACCCAGAUCUCCCUCCGGUCUCACAUUGGAGUCGUGCCCCAGGACACCGUCCUCUUCAAUGACACCAUCGCUAACAACAUCCGCUAUGGCCGUCUGACAGCCGGGGACGAGGAGGUGGUAGCUGCCGCCCAGGCUGCGGGCAUCCAUGAGGCCAUCCUGACUUUCCCUGAAGGAUACGAGACGCAGGUGGGCGAGCGGGGACUCAAGCUGAGUGGUGGGGAGAAGCAGCGUGUGGCCAUUGCUCGCGCCAUUCUCAAGGCUCCAGACAUCAUUCUGCUGGAUGAGGCAACAUCAGCGCUGGAUACAUCUAACGAGAGGGCCAUCCAGGCUUCUCUGGCCAAAGUCUGCGCCAACCGCACCACCAUCGUCGUAGCGCACAGGCUCUCAACUGUGGUCGACGCUGACCAGAUCCUCGUCUUUAAGGAUGGCUGCAUUGUAGAGAGAGGACGGCACGAGGUUCUGCUGUCCCGAGGCAGCAUGUAUGCAGACAUGUGGCAGCUGCAGCAGCGGGGACAGGAAGAAGUCUCUGAGGACACCAAACCCCUAGACUGAGACCGGUGACAAAGCUGCGGCCACAUCCCUCCCAAAGGAGAACUCAGAGGGGAGUAAGAUGUAUCCCUUUGCCCGGCAUGUUUCAUCCCGGUGUUGGGGUAUGGUGCUAGCUAUAGCUGGGGAAAAGAACCUUCCGGAAAAGCACUUUUUGGGGAAAUAAAAGUGUGGACUAUGCUAGGA